GCAUUUGUAUUGUUGCUUAGCUGUCAAGCUUUUUGCUAUAACCUUUUUCCCUUUUUAUCGUCUAUGGACUUUUAUAGUUGUAAGUGGAACUCGCAACCACGUUGUUAGAUAGUUGAAGCAGCAUGCAAAUUUUUGUGAAAACUCUUACCGGAAAAACAAUCACCCUUGAGGUUGAACCCUCAGACACAAUCGAAAAUGUAAAGGCGAAGAUUCAAGACAAGGAAGGUAUUCCUCCUGAUCAACAGAGGUUAAUUUUCGCUGGUAAGCAAUUAGAAGAUGGCCGUACUCUUUCUGACUAUAACAUUCAGAAAGAAUCGACCUUACACUUGGUGUUACGUUUAAGAGGAGGUAUUAUUGAACCAUCAUUACGUAUCUUGGCUCAGAAAUACAAUUGUGACAAAAUGAUAUGUCGCAAGUGCUAUGCCAGGUUACACCCACGUGCUACUAAUUGCCGCAAGAAGAAAUGUGGCCACACCAACAAUUUACGCCCCAAGAAGAAGCUAAAAUAGAUGACCAGGGGAAGAAGAAAUUGGUUGCUUUGGGCAAGAUUAUUUCAAAAUACUUUAUAUCAAUGUAAAAUUUGAUUAAAAUAAAAAUAUGAAAAACAAAGGAA